AUGGGGAAGCUUCUUCCAAUUCAUGGUGACUACUAUCUGUGGCUAUAUGUACCAAACAUCGCAGCCGCUUCCAUCUUCGCCCUCCUCUUCGCCGUGAUGAUGAUCCUCCUUAGCUGGCGGAUGUACAAGACACGCAGCUGGUUCUGUGGCUACUUCAUUGCCGGAUGCCUAAUGGAAUUCGUUGGCUACUGUGCUCGCGCAGCAGCUGCCAACCAUACCGAUAGGAUUGGUCCCUACGUCAUUCAGAAUAUGUUCAUUCUUGUGGCACCAACACUUUUCGCUGCGACCACUUAUAUGUGUUUGGGACGACUUAUUCGCCUUGUCGGUGGGGAGGAGUACUCGAUUGUCAACCCUCGCAAAAUGACUGCAGUUUUUGUCACCGGUGACUUGAUCUCUUUCAUGCUUCAAGGGGGCUCGGCAUAUCCCUCUAUCCUGUCUCAAACCUAUCCUUUGUGGGCGAAAAUCACUAAAGCAAUGAUUAUUGGUGGUCUUGCAAUACAGGUUGUUUGUUUCAGCCUAUUUGCCCUUUCAGCCAUCAUCUUCCACAAAAGAAUACGUCGAUAUCCUACGGCAAGGUCAUGCGCAAACGAUGUGAACUGGUUGCAGAGUCUUUAUAUGCUAUAUUGCCUCAGUCUACUCAUCUUCAUACGAUCAGUCUUCCGCCUUGUGGAGUACUCUCUUGGUAAAACCGCUCUUUCUUCAGAGUGGACGUUAUAUAUCUUUGAUACUGUGCCAAUGUUUCUUGUUACAGUCUUCUUCUUCUUCAGAUACCCAGGCAAUUUAGCAUCAAAAGCUAAGGACUGGGAGGGUUUGGAGCUGCAGGUUGGUGGCGAGCCGCUUGUUGCUGGAUCGAAAUAA